UGUGUGCAGCAAUGCCUUUCUCAGCUGCUUGCUUAGCAAUGCUGCUCACAGUGUGUGUCUGAGCUGGAUGCACACACAGCAGCCUCAAGGAUUCACAGCACCCCCAGUCACGCCACCUCAGGAUCUAUAGCCAUUCAGACCCGGGACACUCACAUGAAGGAUCCAGCUUUCUGUUCAUCUGGCUGGCAUUGCCUGGGAACUGGAGUUGUCCUGCUAUGCUGUUCUUCUCUUAUCCCUUGAAUGGGACGAGUGCUGAUAGAACAGAUAGAACAUUGGGUCUGUGCAAGAGCAAAGAAAAGCAUACAUCCUUCCCUUUGUCAUAUUCUUUUUGAGGUUGGGACUUUGCUGGAGACGUGGUCAAGAUGAUCUCCCCGAAAGACAAGCCCAAGAAGAAGCCCCCUAAAGACAGUAUGACCCUCCUGCCCUGCUUCUACUUCGUCGAGCUGCCGAUCGUAGCCUCCUCGAUGGUCUCUCUGUAUUUCCUGGAGCUCACAGACCUGCUGCGACCGGCGCAUGUGGGGUUCCGCUGCCAUGACCGAUCGCUCAGCAUGCCCUAUGUGGACAGCGGAGACGAGCUGAUCCCACUGCUCAUGUUGCUGAGCCUGGCCUUCGCAGGUCCCGCUGCCUCAAUUAUGCUUGGAGAGGGUCUGAUGUAUUGCCUGCAGUCCAGACUGAAGCUGAGGCCCAGGGUAGAGGGCAGCAUCAACGCUGGCGGCUGCAAUUUCAACUCCUUUCUGCGCAGGACCGUAAGGUUUGUGGGUGUCCACGUGUUUGGUCUGUGUGCUACAGCACUGGUGACAGAUGUGAUCCAGCUGGCCACUGGCUACCAUGCCCCUUUCUUCUUGACCGUCUGCAAGCCGAACUACACCAUGCCAGGGGUGUCCUGCGACUCCAACCCCUACAUCACCCGGGACAUCUGCGCAGGGCCCGACCAGCACGCCAUCGUGUCUGCCAGGAAGACAUUCCCAUCCCAGCAUGCCACGCUGUCUGCCUUUGCUGCCGUGUAUGUUUCAAUGUACUUUAACUCAACGAUCUCUGACAGCACCAAGCUGCUGAAGCCCAUGUUGGUGUUUGCAUUCGCCAUCGCGGCUGGCCUCUGUGGGCUCACACAGAUCACUCAGUACCGCAGUCACGCCAUUGACGUCUAUGUGGGCUUCUUCAUCGGAGCUGGCAUCGCUGCUUACCUGGCCUUCCACGCUGUGGCAAACUUCAAAUCCUCGGAGGACACCUCCCCCUGUGCUCCCCAGCCGCCCCCCAAGGAUGCCCUCCGCGCACUGACCCAGCGAGGCCACGACUCCGUCUAUCAGAAGAACCACCCGUCCGAGAGCACAGACGAGCUAGCCGCCCCCCAGAGGAUGCAGGGUCUGAAUCGCCAGGUCCAAAGGGAGAAAGUGUCCCUGGGCAGCCUGAAAAGGGCCAGUGUAGAUGUGGAGCUCCUUGCCCCCCGCAGCCCCAUGGGCAAAGAGAACAUGGUCACCUUCAGCAACACACUGCCGCGUGUCCACACCCCUUCCGCCGAGGACCCAGCCCGGCGCCACAUGACCAUUCACGUGCCUGUUGACCCCCUGCGCUCCAAACAGCUGCUGUCGGAGUGGAAGCAGAAAUCCAUGGAGCUCCGAAGUGUAGGGCUGAGCUUAGGAGUGGAUGAGGAGCAGGAUGGGAGUUCAGAAUGCUCCGAUUCAGGAGAUGAUGUAGAAGAGGAGGACUUGGUAGUCCCAUCUUCUUUGUAUCCCACAGUCCAGUCUCGACCCAAUGCAGGCCCAGGGGCAAGAGUAGUGAUCCCUCCCAGACCAGUGGCUCCUCAGCUGGUACACAUCCCAGAAGAGGCUCCCCCUCCAUCCCCUAAAAGCUGCUCGGGUGCCCGGGCCAAGUGGAUCUCCAUAGCUGAGAAGACAGCAGCAGCAGUCCCUGCCCCAACCCCUUCCUCGCUGCGGGCUGCCAACCAGCCUCGGAUCAUGCAGGUGAUCGCUAUGUCCAAGCAGCAGGGGCUGAUUUCAGUGACCCCCAAGCACUCAGAGACAUCUUCAUCCACAUCUUCCAGCUCUGAUUCUCCCUUCUACAGACCCCCUUCCGAGCGGGAUAGCUCCAGCAUUGUCACUGUAGACGCUCAUGCUCCUCAUCAUCCCAUAGUGCAUGUUUCAUCAGGGAAUGGAGGACCUUGGGAAUGGAAGACUACAGCUAACAAUAGCGGGAGUGCAUCCGAGCUCAAGGAAGCGUACGAACUUAAUGAUCUGAAUCGGGAAUGUGGUCGGAAUUACCGGCCAGUGAAAAGCAUUUCGCCGACGUCUUCAGCCAGCGAUCCUGAUCCAGAACUGACCACAGGCCACUCGGAGCUGGCUUCGGAAAGCCGGAGCCAAGAAUCCAUACUCCGGAGAAAAACCGGAACGACAAUUUCAGAACAAGAAAGAGAGGGAACCCCGAUACAGACCGAGCAAGAUCAGUUCUAUAAGAAAUUGCAAACCGAACGAAGGUUUAAAGAGUGAAUCAACUAGAGCAAAUAGAAACCCUCUUCAGAAUGUAAACUACGAGGAACAUGAAUCUACGUGGAGAUUCAGAACUUAGGUUGUGGCCAGAGCAUGUGAGCGAUGAAUAAUCGUGUUAUAAGGCCUGUAUGAUAUGGAUAUACCCCCAAGCAACCCCCAAAAAUAUUGAAUAAAAUAAGAACAUUUUCAAAUGAAGUAUCUAAAACAUCGGACAAAGAUAACCGGCUGAUCAGUCAUUUUUAAGUCAGUUGUUUAAUGAAGUCCUGACCAAUUUCAAAUAAUUCAAUUUUAAACACGCAAUCAAAAAAAAAAACUAAGAAACAUUUCUGAAAUGUUUGUCUACUUGGCUUUGCAUCAUCCACUUAUUUGUUUAUCCUGUAAUAAACACAGAGAGGUGACACUGCAGUAUAGCUGCUCAAAUACCCUCAUGUUUUACCUUCAAAGACAACUCAGUGAAUCUUUUAUUUUAUUAAACCCCCCAGUCCAUAAACACUGAUAAAGUAAAUGAACCUGAGUUUAUGUCAAUAACAAGUUACUGUAGUACGAAGCACAUAUACAGUACAUCACAUACAGGUGCUGCUGUUUAGAUUUGAGAGGUUCUCAGGACAAGACAACAAAACAGAAGAGGACUUCUGUUCAAUACUGGAAAGAUAAAAGUGGUCAAUAUAUGGAUGGAAUGAAAACCUUGAUUGUUGACAGAAAAAUCACAGAAAAAUGAACUCUUAAAAACGGAGGCCCUAACCACCACUACACUGCCAGCUCCCUAGUCAUAUUUUGUGACUGAAAAGAUCUGUCUGAAGCUGCGGCAGAAAAGAACCGUGCGUAUUCUGUAGGGAUGUUCCUCUGUUCCAACUGGGGUGUUGAGUAUUCACUAGCUGUUUUUAGUUAAAUAGCAUUUGAUUUAUUUAUCACCUUUCCCUUGCCUUUCUAUGAUGUUUGCAGUUAGGCUGCGGUUACCUUGAUCCAAUAUUUAUUUAAUAUAGUUCUUCUCCAAAUCUGUUUUUACCCGCCUGUGAGAUUGUUUGAAAAAUUUGACCUGCCUUGGACUAAACAGACUGUGACAAAUCAUGUGACAAAAUGAUUUUUCUGGCCGGUCCCAUUUAUAUAAUGUAGAGUAGGCUGGACCAGCAAAGUUUAAAGGCCACGUUGUCACAAGGUUUGAAUGAAAUGAGGAAGCCGGUCCAGUGCUGGGCAGUUAGAAUUUUCCAGACAAGGUCAAAGCCAGGUAAAGAAGGCUAUAGAACAGUGAUUCCCAACCCCGGUCCUGGGGAACCCCGUGUCUGCUGGUUUUCAUUCCAUCUAAGUUCUCAAUUAUUGAACUGAACCCUUAUUUGAACUGAUUUGCUUAAUUAGACCUUUUUAAUUGUUUUCAGCUUUUAAACAGUUGCAGAUUUCAACUUAGCUACAACCUUUUAUAAACAGCUUGAACUCUGCAACUGUUUAAGAGCUGAAAACAAUUAAAAAGGUCUAAUUAACAACAACAACAACAACCUUUUAUUUACAUAGAACCUUUCAUAGCAAGUAUCCCAAGGCACUUUACAAGAGUUAAACAAUCAAAAAGAAAAAAGAAAAAUUUGAUGCCAUUUAAAGCCCAUUUAAAAUAAUAAGUCAAUAAUUAAGUAAA